GGCAAUGUUCGUCUCAUUCCGGAUAGAAACUGACCGGAAGUGGCUGCCUGGAGUUUGUCGAAGUGCUAGCGGCUAUGCUAAUGUACAGAGCGCAAUUUGAGUGCCUGGCUGAAUGUGUCAUCUUCAUCCCGGGCACAGAUUUACACAUUAUCGUCAGCAGUAAAUAUUCUCCACGGCAAUAAAAUAAACAGUCGCAUAUCCUUCUGUUUAUCCAGGCGCUGAGACAAGGCAGGUGUGAAUGACCGACGUGGUGCUUACCACCGCCCUUAGUGAAAUAAAGCUCUGUCUGCUCUGCCACGAUGACAUAGAAAGAAUAAAGGUGCUCUGUGGAGAGUGGUUCCCCAUUGAGUAUCCAGAUUCAUGGUAUCAUGACAUCACAUCAAACAAGAAGUUCUUCUCUCUUGCUGCCACCUUUAGAGGUGGAAUUGUGGGGAUGAUUGUGGCAGAAAUAAAAAGCAGAACGAAAGUGCACAAAGAGGAUGGAGACAUAUUGGCCUCCAGCUUUCCUGUUGACACUCAAGUUGCAUACAUCCUGAGUUUAGGAGUCGUGAAGGAGUUUCGUAAACAUGGAAUAGGCUCUCUGUUGUUGGACAGUUUAAAGGAGCACAUCUCCACCAUGGCACAGGACCAUUGUAAAGCCAUCUACCUGCAUGUGCUCACCACCAAUAACACUGCAAUUCACUUCUAUGAUAACAGAGACUUUAAACAGCACCACUAUUUACCGUAUUAUUACUCUAUACGAGGAGUGCUGAAGGAUGGGUUCACAUAUGUCCUCUACAUCAAUGGUGGACAUCCACCAUGGACUAUCUUUGAUUAUAUUCAUCAUAUAGGUUCGGCACUGGCCAGUCUGAGCCCAUGUUCUAUUCCUCAGAGAAUUUACCGGCAAGCACAGAAUCUCCUGCGCAGCUUUCUGCCAUGGUCGAGCAUCUCUUCCAAGAGUGGCAUUGAGUACAGCAGAACCAUGUGAGGAUCAUCAGGCCAAACAGCGCAGGGUGGAAGAGAAUAAUUUGUCUGGGUCACAAAGUCACUCAUCAAGCUUGGAUUGUGAAGACUGACAAUGGAUCUCUCUGGUCUCGAGCAGUGUAUUAUAUUUGUACAGUAUAUUUACUUUAAUAUAUGCAUUGUCAUUAGUAGAUUGCCCUCUUAUUAUAAACUCUCCACUUCAUGCUUGUAAUUCUGCAGCUGUGUAGAAAUAAGCUUUUUUAAUAUAAAUAGAUUUUUUUAAUGUGUGCCUGUUCUGUUUAGAGGAUUAUUGGGUUAAAGAUGGUAGAAGUAUCUCCUUCAAGAUGCACACUUUUUGAUCUAGUCACUUUCAUGCAUGUGCUCUAGUGUUUUGUUUGUGCAUUAACACCUUGACACACAGCAUAUACAGUAUUUUCAGCCCCCCAGUUUUAAGUAUGCAAAGUUUAAAGUGAUUGUUUUAAUAAUGUUUUUACAGAGGCAAUGAAUGUAGUGUUGCAAUGAAGGGGAUAAUGCUACAAUUUUAUAAAACGCUCCACCUCUCAAAAUGUGCAAUGUUCAUGUCAAAUUUAAACGUGAACAGUCCUUUUAAAUUUGGAAAUGUUUUAUUAGCUAGAGAACUACCUCCUGCCACUCCAAGCAGUUUACUUUUUUUCUUUUGAAGUGCAAAUAGGUGAAUGUAUUGAAGGGAAGUGUUGAAUAUAGGUAUGUUGAUGUGAAUCAGGGAUUUAAAUACAAAAUAAAAUUAUUUGAGAAACCUGCUACUGCAUUAUGCAAAAUUUUAGUAUCAAAGAUGACCAAUGUUCUGCAAUGUUAAGCCUGAGUAUGUUUCUGUUCAGUUUGUGACUGUCCUUUCAUGAUACGAUUGACAAGGUAAAGGUGCAUGAGUCUGUUGGUGAAAGACUUAUUUUGUGUUGAUUACAUAGAGGGAUCUGUUUUCUUUUUCUGUGCUAUUAUAUAUUUGUCCUCCUUGGAUAUGAAACAUGUUUGUUCCUUUUCAAAAUACAUUUAUUUAUUUUUUUAUUUGCCAUGAACACAUGUAUGAAUAAUAAUUUUAAACAAGUUGUUGAUGUAAGUAAUGGAGCCAAUAUCACCUCUGUAGAGUGAGACUGUGUGUAUGUUCCACACAUUUAUUCUACAAUACCUUUUAAAUAUGUUACAUUAUUUUGAAAAUUGGUGUAUUGAAAUAAUUUACAUUUAAAGUUUAAGUUUUUAUUGGGUUGAUUUUAUGGAUUUAAUAAAGGAAAAUUAGUUCAGAUUGCAUGCUCUUAUAAUGAAAACCCUUCUUUUCCUGUUAAUUUUCCAAUUGUGUAGAUAUACUUCCUAACCCACGAAAACAUGCCUAGAGAUAAUGAAAGCAACAAGGACGUUUCACCCCUGUCACAAGUUCCCAAUAGUGCAGUGGCACCCUCUAGUGUUCAAUGAGAGAAUGCAAAUCCAGAGGUGAUGUUUUUUAUUGUACACUAAUUUUAUUUGCUGUAAUAUAUUAAGCUUUGAUCGUUUAUCUCUUUGCAUCUAUCCAUUUGUUUGUCAAUUAUUUAUAAAUAGAUUAUUAUUGAUUCGUCCAUUUAUGCUUAAAAAGCAUUAUGAGAUGACUUAUAGGAAAGAAAGAAAGAAAUACAAAAUAAA